AUGGACACCGUUCAAGCUCGAUUCGAUCUUAGCUUUGGACGAACAACGAUCUCUAGACCCGCCUCACAGACUGUCGAACUCUUUGAAGACUCGCUGCGACGUUCCAAGCGUCUAGCCUUAUCUACUUUUGGGCAGAGUGACGGAUGUCAGGAGACCAAGUAUCUCUGCGUGAUCGAGGGGAUGGAUACGUCCGCUGAUACGGCCGUAAGCAUCACGGAUCAGGUUUUGCAAGGCAUGGAGAUGGACGAAUUCCCAGAGGUGAUGACGAAUACGAGUUGCACUCACACCAACGAAUCUGGCAAGACCCUUAUGCAGCGUGUCUUCGAUGGCUUAGUAAGCAGGGGCGAGAAUUGGCAUGUCACCAUUUAUGGCGAGCCAUACACAAACGGAGCGACUCUUGGUGCUGAACUCAUUCCGACAGAGGAGGCAAACCAGCUACUGGCCUCCAUCAAGAACAGGUCUCCGUGGCCCUGCUCCUCUUUCUUGGCGAUUACUCGUCGUGUGUGA